GUGGGGAAAGAUUAAACUUUUCAGAAGCUAACAGACUAGGGCAGAAUCAAGAAGACAUCAGAAGGGAGGGAAUCUACAAUGGAAGAACACAAGAACAAUCAGCUAGAUUAUGAGUAAGUAGUCAUGAUUAUGCAAAGCCACAUCCAAGGACCAAGGUCAGAGAAAGUGGAAAUCUUAAGAUUGGUCCAGUCAAAGAGGAACAUUAACAGUUUGAACGUGGACCUUGAAAGGGAUAUGCAGAGAAUAGAUGAAGCAAAUCAGGAACUUCUUCUCAAAAUCCACGAGAAAGAAAACGAGAUUCAGAGGCUGGAAAAUGAGAUCACUCAGACCAGAGACUUGGCUGAAGAUGAGGAGUGGGAGAAGGAGAAUUGCACCGCAAUGGAGAGGGAAAAAGCCUUGCAGGAGCUGGAAGAAGAAACGGCUAGACUCGUAAGCAAGAAGGAGGAUAGGAAGAAUGAAACUCUGGUCCACAGUAUAGCAGAACUUCAAAGAAAGCUUACAAGAAAAUCAUAUAAGGCAACCAAGUGUGAACAAGACAAUACAAAGGGAUCCCCAGAAGAGUCAAAGGCCAAGUUACAACAGCUGGAAGCUUCCUGUGCAGACCAAGAGAAACAGCUAGCCAAGGUAAUGGAAGAUUAUGCAUUUGUGGCCCAGCUCUGUGAAGAUCAGGCCCUCUGCAUAAAGAAGUACCAGGAAACUUUGAGGAAAAUAGAAGAAGAACUAGAGACACGGUUCCUUGAGAGAGAAGUAUCAAAAGUCUUGAGCAUGAAUUCUGUAAGAAAAGAGUCUAACAGCCAAAAUAACAAGGAUCAUUCUCUCCAAAAGAAGGGAACAUGGUUCUGCAAAAGGAUUUUUCAAUAUGUCUUUUUCACCAACCUAUUUUUCAUCAGACUGCUGGGCUACUUGUUUUUCCAUAUAAGUUUUAUAAAUCCAGAUCUCCUUAUCAACAUACUGCCCAAGAUAUUGAGCAGGGACAUCCUGUGGAAGCUAAGAUGCUUCCUCUUUCCAUCUCUCACACUUGAGACAGAGGACAUGUUACCCCACUGAUCCCCAAGAAAUAUCC